AAUAAAAAUAAUAAACAAUUGAUAACUAAAGAGACAUAAGUGAUGACAAUUGUCAAGAAGUGGCAAUUUUUGACAUUGUUUUCAACGAUUCAAUCAAUUGGUCAUAAAAUAUAUGACAAUAGGUGUCACUUGUGGUCACAAAUUUCUGUAUUUUUUUUAUGUAACAAACAUGUGAUGUGAUUGUCAACUGAUAUAUAAAAAGACGAUUUUUUCAAGACUUUGUUGUUUGACAUAAGUUGUUGACAAUGGAAUCAAAGCCACCGAAAGAAUCGUUGAUUGUAUUGAACAGAAGUGAGUCCAUCGAUGUGUCGAAACAAAGACUGCAGACGGAGGACACAGAAAGUGAUUUGCUUGAGUUGACGGCAUUGGGCGCCGGCCAAGAGGUCGGCCGCAGCUGUAUUUACCUGUCAUUCAAAGGCAAACGCAUUCUUCUUGAUUGUGGUAUACAUCCGGGUCUUAAUGGUAUGGAUGCGCUGCCAUUUGUCGACGUCAUCGAUCCGGAACAGAUCGAUCUGUUGUUGAUAUCGCACUUUCAUUUAGACCAUUGCGGGUCUUUGCCGUGGUUUCUACAGAAGACAACAUUCAAAGGUCGCUGUUUUAUGACACACGCGACGAAAGCCAUCUACAGAUGGCUUUUAGCCGAUUGUAUUAAAGUGUCGAAUAUAUCGACAGAUCUGAUGCUUUACACGGAAUCAGAUUUGGAACAAUCGAUGGACAGAAUUGAAACGAUUAACUUUCACGAAGAAAAAGAAGUGUCGGGAAUCAGAUUUUGGUGUUACAAUGCGGGCCAUGUGUUGGGCGCCGCUAUGUUUAUGAUAGAGAUAGCGGGCGUCAAGAUCUUAUAUACCGGAGACUUCUCACGACAAGAGGACAGGCAUCUCAUGAGUGCCGAAAUACCAGCCAUCAGACCGGAUGUACUCAUUGUUGAAUCGACAUAUGGCACACAUAUACAUGAGCCGAGAGAGGAACGUGAGGCCAGAUUUACGGGAAUAGUUUACGAUACGGUCAGUCGUGGCGGCCGUUGUCUGAUCCCAGUGUUUGCAUUGGGUCGGGCACAGGAACUGCUACUUAUUUUGGACGAGUAUUGGACACAACACCCGGAAUUACAUGACAUUCCCAUAUACUAUGCGUCCUCAUUGGCCAAGAAGUGUAUGUCUGUAUAUCAGACAUAUAUUAACGCAAUGAAUGAUCGCAUCAAACGACAGAUUGCAAUCAACAAUCCGUUUGUAUUCAAACACAUUUCAAACUUGAAAUCAAUUGAUCACUUCGAGGACGUGGGACCGUGUGUUGUGAUGGCCACACCGGGAAUGAUGCAAAACGGAUUGAGUCGCGAACUAUUUGAGUUAUGGUGUCCCGACACUCGCAACUGUUGCAUAAUUGCCGGCUAUUGUGUCGAAGGAACACUAGCUAAACAGGUGUUGGCCGAACCCGAAGAGAUAACCACAUUGAGUGGCCAAAAAAUAGCCCGUAAAUGUCAGAUAGAGUACAUAUCUUUUUCGGCUCACACCGAUUACAAGCAAACGAGUGAAUUUAUCAGAGCUCUCAGACCACCGCACAUAAUGCUAGUUCACGGCGAGGCCAACGAAAUGAAUCGACUAAAGGCCGCUCUUUAUCGAGAAUACGAAGACUCAGAUAAUCCACCGACUCUUCAUAAUCCGAAAAAUACGAUUCCCGUUCAGUUGCACUUCAGAGGAGAAAAGACGGCCAAAGUUAUGGGCAGUUUAGCCAUUGACGCGCCAAAAGCCGGCCACAAGGUGUCCGGUGUUCUCGUAAAGCGUAACUUCAGCUACCAUUUGUUGGCGCCGACAGAUUUGAGCAAAUAUACCGAUAUGGUUAUGAGUACAAUCAGCCAAAAACUUAGUGUCCAUUUCGGCGGCACUUUUCAAGAAUUGUUCGACAUUUUAUCUCAUUUUGAUUGCGAGAUUAUCGAGAAGAACGGUUCCAAAACUUUAAGAGUUUUGCGCAAAAUAAACAUUGCGUUGAAUACAAACAGUAAAUUUAUUACACUUGAUUGGGUGGCCAGUCCGGUCACCGAUAUGUACGCCGACUCUGUUGUGGCACUGAUACUGAAAAACGAAAACAGCGAACAAAACAAACAGCUGAACAAACCAUUAGAUCCGACUCUUAUGUUUGAAUUAUUGAAAGAAAUGUUUGGCGUCGAAGAGUUGACCACAAAAGGCGAAGGAAAGAUAAUGUGCUGUAAUAUUGAUAACAAUGAAGUGGAGAUUGAUUUAAGUAAAAAACAAAUCAUUAAAUGUAACGACGAAACCAUUAAUUCAAUGAUAACUAAACUGCUUUCAUGUCCCGCAUCUCAAGUAACUACUAAUUAAUCCAUUGAUUAUAAUCAUGUAUUUUUAAAUAAA